CUCACACAGUCAGCCAAAAUUGGCGUCUUUGCUCGUAUAGUCUUUCAGUUUCUCCCUGCGCUCUUGCUGUGUAUAUGAUUAUAUGAAUCCCAGUUGAAGCUUUCAUUUGGGCGUUUAUUUCCGUUCUGUUCGUCCGAAGUGUGAUAGAUCUGUGGUGUUGAUGAUGAUUUCCUACUUGUCAAGUCGUCCAUUCUUUAUCGCCUGCCUCAUCGUUCUGUUACUAGGUGAUGGCUCACAUGGUUAUUCAACUGGAAGUCAGAAAAAUAGGGGUUUUUCGGUUUUUUCUUUGUUUAACCUCAAAGAGAAGAGUAGAUUUUGGAGUGAAUCUGUUAUCCGGACUGAUAUGAAUGAUUUGGAAGUUGGACAAGCUAAAGCUGACAUGAUCAAUUUUACAAAGGCAGGUAAUAUUGCAAAUUAUUUGAAGCUUUUGGAAAUUGACUCUAUGUACCUUCCAAUCCCCGUUAAUUUCAUUUUCAUAGGCUUUGAAGGAAAAGGGAAUCUAGAGUUCAAGCUACAACCUGAAGAACUAGAGCGUUGGUUCACAAAAAUUGAUCAUAUAUUUGAACAUACAAGGAUUCCACAGAUAGGGGAAGUCCUUACACCAUUUUACAAGAUUAAUAUUGAUAGAGAACAGCGACACCAUCUUCCUUUGAUCAGCCAUUUAAGUUACAACUUCUCUGUUCAUGCCAUACAGAUGGGAGAAAAGGUUACAUCCAUUUUUGAGCGUGCUAUCAAUGUCUUUGGGCGUAAGAACAAUGUUUUGAAUACCAGUGAUGAUGGAGAUGACCUUUGGCAAGUAGAUGUGGAUAUGAUGGAUGUAGUCUAUAAUAGCCUUGUGGAGUAUCUACAACUGGAAGCUGCGUACAACAUUUUCAUUUUGAACCCCAAGCACACUACAAAAAGAGUUAAAUAUGGCUACAGAAGAGGAUUAUCUGAGACUGAAAUAAACUUUCUGAAGGAGAACAAAGAGUUGCAAUCGAAAAUUCUUCAGUCAGAAAGUGUUUCAGAGAGUUUCCUUGCUCUUGACAAAAUGAAAAGACCUUUGUAUGAUAAACACCCAAUGGCGAAGUUUUCUUGGACGGUUACAGAAGAAAGGGAUACGGUAGAAUGGUGUGAUAGAUGCCUAGAUGUGUUAAACAAUGUUGAGAAUCUAUCUCAAGAGAAGGACGCAGCCAACAUCAUACAUAGUAAAGUUAUGCAGAUCUUGAAAGGGAAAGGCAAUGAUAUGCAGACUCUCUUUUAUAAGGAGUUAAAAUCUGGGAAUUUAAGUGGGUUACAUGCAGAAUGUCUCACAGAUACAUGGGUUGGAAAUUCCAGAUGGGCAUUUAUUGACUUGUCUGCCGGGCCCUUUUCAUGGGGGCCUGCGGUUGGUGGAGAAGGUGUACGCACAGAACUAAGUUUACCAAGUGUGGAAAAAACCUUAGGUGCAGUUGCAGAAAUUUCUGAGGAAGAAGCAGAAGAUAUAUUGCAAGAAGCCAUACAAGAGAAGUUUGCAGUAUUUGGUGAUAUGCAGAAAGAGCAUCAAGCCAUUGAUAUCCUUCUUGCAGAAAUUGAUAUAUAUGAGCUUUUUGCUUUCAAACAUUGCAAGGGUAGGAGGGUUAAGCUCGCUCUGUGUGAAGAGCUUGAUGAGAGAAUGCGAGAUUUGAAAAACGAACUCCAGUCUUUUGAUGGCGAGGAGUAUGAUGAAAACCAUAAAGUGAAGGCUUUGGAUGCAUUAAAAAGGAUGGAGAAUUGGAAUUUGUUCAGUGAUAAUCAAGAGGAUUUUCAAAAUUAUACUGUUGCACGUGAUACUUUUCUUGCACAUUUGGGUGCAACUUUGUGGGGUUCAAUGAGACACAUCAUAUCACCUUCACUUGCAGAUGGUGCCUUUCACUACUAUGAGAAACUGUCUUUCCAGUUGUUUUUUAUCACACAGGAGAAAGUGAGAAACAUUAAACUGCUGCCUGUUGACCUCAAAUCUAUUACAGAAGGACUUUCAAUGCUAAAAAUGCCUUCUCAGAAAGUUAUGUUCAGCCAACAUAUGAUUGGAUAUGGUCAGUGGGCUGCAAUCCAUUGUCUGUAAUAUCUUCAGGCUGGCAAAUCUCAAGAUUUCUCUCUGACACGAUUGCUCGAAGUUAUAUACUCACAACUCUUGAGGAAUCAAUUCUACUUGUCAACUCAGCUAUUCAUCGCCUCGUCAUGGAGAAGACAUCAGAACGGACUUUCAAGAUAUUUCAAUCUCAAGAGCGUGAGCUAUUGAACAAAUAUAAUUAUGUUGUCAGCUUAUGGAGAAGGAUUUCAACUAUUUCAGGAGAACUUCGCUAUUCAGAUGCAUUGGCACUUCUGCACACCGUAGAAGAUGCAUCAAAAGGGUUUGUGGAGUAUACAAACGCGACACUAGCCAGCUUAUAUCCGAUUCACUGCACAAGGCACCGGAAAGUUGAAGUUGAGUUUGACAUGACAACGAUACCUGCCUUUUUGGUUGUCCUCUUCAUUCUAUGGUUUGUGUUGAGGCCAAGAAGACCAAAGCCUAAGAUCAACUGAUGGGUUUUCUUCCCGUACCCGUUGCCAUUAUUGUCUAAUUGGUGACAAAUCCAAACGACUCCGUCGUUCCAAAACUGUGCUCUUCUUUUUGUUGCCUAGUGUUUUUUUUGUCUUCAUCUGAGUCUUGCCCU